CUUUGUGCAUGCAUAGGAUACAUCUUGAGGAUGAAUCUAUGACUUCUAUAGAACAUCAAAGAAGGUUGAAUCCCAACUUGAAAGAUGUUGUAAAGAAAGAGAUUCUUAAACUCUUAGAUGCUGGUGUGAUCUACCCUAUCUCAGAUAGUAAGUGGGUAUCUCCUGUGCAUGUAGUCCCAAAGAAAGGUGGUAUCACUGUGGUUAAAAAUGAGAAGGAUGAAUUAAUACCAACUAGGACCAUAACUGGUCAUAGGAUGUGUAUUGAUUACCGAAAACUUAAUUCAGCCUCUAGAAAAGAUCAUUUUCCAUUGCCAUUCAUUGAUCAAAUGCUUGAGAGGCUUGCAAAUCAUCCUUUUUAUUGCUUUCUUGAUGGGUAUUCAGGGUUCUUCCAAAUCCCCAUACAUCCCAAUGAUCAAGAGAAGACAACAUUCACAUGCCCCUAUGGCACCUUCGCUUAUCGAAGGAUGCCAUUUGGGUUAUGUAAUGCUCCAGCUACCUUUCAAAGGUGCAUGAUGUCUAUCUUCUCUGACCUCAUUGAGGAUGUUGUGGAGGUGUUUAUGGACGACUUCUCUGUCUACGGAUCCUCGUUUUCUGCUUGUUUGUCAAAUUUGUGCAGGGUCCUACAGAGAUGUGAAGACACCAACCUUGUGCUGAACUGGGAGAAGUGCCACUUCAUGGUUAAAGAAGGGAUUGUGCUUGGUCACAAGAUUUCAGAGAAAGGCAUUGAGGUGGACAAAGCCAAGAUUGAAGUGAUGGUGAGGCUGCCUCCACCAAAGACAGUGAAAGACAUUAGAAGCUUUCUUGGUCAUGCCGGGUUCUACAGAAGAUUCAUCAAAGACUUCUCCAUGAUUGCAAGGCCAUUGACCAAGCUGUUGUGCAAGGAAGCCACCUUUAGUUUUGAGGUUGAGUGUCUUGAAGCCUUUAAGAAGCUGAAGAAUGAGCUUGUUAGUGCACCUAUUGUCCAGCCACCAGAUUGGAAUCUCCCCUUUGAGAUCAUGUGUGAUGCUAGUGACUAUGCCGUUGGAGCAGUUUUGGGGCAGAAGAAGGACAAGAAGACACAUGUGAUCUACUAUGCUAAGCCACUGAAUCUUGAAGGCUAUGCCAAGAAGAAGUUUUACAAGGAGUUGAAGAGGUAUUAUUGGGAUGAACCCUUUCUCUACAUACUUUGCAAGGAUCAGCUCUAUAGAAGGGCAGUGGCUGAAGAAGAAAAGUGUGAUUCUUGCCAAAGGAGAGGAAACAUCUCUAGGAGAAGUGAAAUGCCUCAGAACCCAAUACUUGAGGUGGAAGUGUUUGAUGUAUGGGGAAUAGACUUCAUGGGCCCUUUCCCUUCCUCUUAUGGCAACAAAUACAUCCUUGUAGCUGUUGACUAUGUCUCUAAAUGGGUUGAAGCAGUGGCAAGCCCUACAAAUGAUUCAAGAGUAGUAGUCAAGAUGUUCAAAAGCAUAAUCUUCCCAAGGUUUGGAGUCCCUAGAGUGGUUAUAAGUGAUGGAGGAUCACAUUUCAUCAACAAGUUAUUUGAAGGCCUCCUAAGGAAGAAGGGUGUUAAGCACAAGGUGGCCACACCAUAUCAUCCUCAGACUAGUGGGCAAGUGGAGCUUUCCAACAGGGAAAUCAAGAGCAUACUGGAGAAGAUUGUGGGUACUAAGAGGAAAGACUGGUCAGACAAGCUUGAUGAUGCACUUUGGGCUUAUAGGACAGCAUACAAGACUCCCUUAGGCACUACACCUUUCAACCUUGUCUAUGGAAAAGCUUACCAUCUACCAGUUGAGCUUGAGUAUAAGGCAAUGUGGGCUGUGAAACUGUUGAACUUUGACAUCAAGAGUGCCAAGGAGAAGAGAAUGUUUCAGCUACAUGAGCUUGAUGAGAUAAGAAUGGAUGCUUUUGAGAGCUCAAGGAUCUACAAAGAAAAGACCAAAGCUUUUCAUGACAAGGGUAUUUUGAAGAGAGAGUUCAAGGUUGGAGAUCAGGUUCUCCUCUACAACUCUAGGAUGAAAUUAUUUCCCGGGAAGCUCAAGUCAAGAUGGUCCGGACCUUUCAAAAUCAAGGAAGUCAGACCAUAUGGGGCAAUUGUGCUAUGGAAUAAGAAUGGAGGAGAGUUCACAGUCAAUGGACAAAGAGUCAAGUUAUACAUGGCUACUACACCAGAGGAAGAUGGGAUUUCGGUUCCACUUUCUGAUCCCACCCCAACCUAG